UGUCGAAUUGCUUAAAUAGCGUAAAGUCAGUUGGCCAAAUGAGUUAGUGUUGUAGUCAUGCCCGAAGCAAGUUGUUUGCUUUUGUUGUUGAGUCAUGUUGUUUGCAUUUGCAUCACGUCUAGCUUCAACACUACUCGGCAGCUUGUUGGCAGCUGACCUAGCAGCUCCCACUGGACUACCCUGUGGCGAUAAUGAGCAGCUCACCUGUGUUGGCUGCUACGAGCCAACUUGCUCUGUCCCCUAUUACCCUGAUGAUGAAUGUCAUUACUUUGACAUUUGCAAGUUAGGUUGCGGUUGCAAGUAUGGCUAUGUUCGUCACGAUCAAUCCUUUAAGUGUGUAUCUGCUGUCCAUUGCGAAUUCAUUAGCAGCCAUAAACGAUAUCAUGAAAAUCGCAAUUAGAAUUCUUAUUUCUGAUAUUUUUAAACAUGUUUUAUUCGCUAUUAGCGCAAUCUAAUGAUAAUGAUGAUGAUGAUGAGGUCAUUGGUGAACUGCAGAGCAAAACACUAUGUCUACCAGAUAUCACCGGCGCAAUUACGAUAUGUGUAAAAAAAUAAAAUUUGGCAAGUCUUACGAUAAUAAAAUAAAUUGUAAG